AUGUGGGUUGUUGUGGCGCUGGUGGUGUUGGUGGUGUUGGCUCUGCUGCGACUGGUCACUAUCCUGCCCCUGCAUCGCGGAGAGGCUUCUGACUUUCGUGCCGCGGCCGAGAGGAAGAAGAACGAAGACGCGACCACACGCAGCCCUGUCAGCACCCUCAUCGUCCUAGGCUCUGGAGGCCACACCGCUGAGAUGUUGCGGCUGGUGGGGAGCCUGGACCCGGACCGAUACCAGCCGCGGUUGUAUGUGUGGGCAGCCACCGACGCACACAGCCAGGACAAGAUGCAGAAGUUUGAAGCCUCUUUUGGUGGAGUGGGGCAGACGCGUACGGCCGUGAUCCCGCGUAGUCGGGAGGUGGGCCAGUCCUACUUCUCAUCCCUGUUCACCACCGCCUUUGCCCUUCUUCACGCCGUCGGCAUCGUGCUCCGCUCCUCGCCGCAGCUGAUCCUGUGCAAUGGUCCCGGCACCUGCAUUCCCAUCUGCGCUUCGGCCUACAUUCUCAAGUUCUUCGGGCGGAAGGUGAAGAUCGUGUACGUGGAGAGCAUCGCGCGAGUCGAGACGCUCUCGCUGUCGGGCAAGCUGCUCUACCGGACGGCCGACCACUUCCUCGUCCAGUGGCCCCAGCUCCAGGCCAAGUACCCGCACGCGCAGUUCCUCGGCCGACUGUGCUGA